AUGAAGACACGCAUUAUCCUCCUUGGGAUCGGCGGUGCAACAUGCUCUGGUAAGACGACGCUGGCCAAGCACCUCCGCCGUAUCUUGCCUAACAGUGUCAUCAUCCACCAGGAUGAUUUCGCGCCCCCUCAAGAGUUGAUUCCCCUGCACCCAGUCUACGGUGUGCAAGAUUGGGACCGUGCCGAGGGCGCCAUAGACUGGCCCCGGAUGGUCAAGGCUCUGGAAGAGGUCAAACGCACCGGGGAGAUCCCACCAGAGCAUAUAUCACACGACCACUUGAACGAACAGAGGGAUGUACCCAUAGAUGACGUCGUAUACCAGAUGUGGAAGGCGCACUUCGAGCAAGUAGACCAGGAACAUAGAGACAAGGGAGAAAAAGUCAAGUGGGUGAUGGUCGACGGUUUCCUGCUGUACUGGCAUCCGGAAGUCGUAGAGAAGCUCGACUACCGUGUAUUCCUCCGAGUGCCCGAGAGCGUCCUGAAACAACGGAGACACGACCGACAUGGGUACCACACGGCAGUUCAAUCCGACCCAGAGGGCAGCCUAUGGCGCGACCCGCCCAAUUACUGGGAACAGAUCGUGUGGCCGGCCUACGUCGAGGCACACGAGGGAAUCGUGGAGAACGGGGACGUCGAGCGCGGCCAGCCCAACGGCAAAGUCGCCGGCCUCAUCCUGCUGGACGGACUCGACCUGAGCAUGAGCGACAUGGUGGACCGGGUCUGUGGGGUAUUGGGGAAGUGA